AUGAAGUUCGAGAACAUCAUCUCUGACAUCGGCGGAUUCGGGAAGUUCCAGAAGAUGAUCGUCGCCAUCAGCUUCAUGAGCCGCUUCACGCUGCCUUGCCACUUCCUGCUCAACAACUUCAUCGCCGCCGUCCCUGCGCACCACUGCCGCAUCGCCACUUUAGAUGAUGGAGGUGCCUUCGGGAAUCUGUCCCUGGAAGACAGACUCACCGUCAGCAUCCCACUGGAGGAAGACGGAACUCGGAGUUCGUGUAGGAUGUUUUCCAAGCCACAAUAUCAACUGCUGUUGAACAAGUCGGAUGUCACUCAGGACCCCACCUCGCCCUGUGUUGAUGGAUGGGUAUACGAUAACACGACCUUCAAAUCUACGAUGACAGCCGAGUGGGACUUGGUGUGUGAUAAAAGAAGUAGAACCCGAGCCACGGCAACCAUCUUCUUCAUUGGCGUGAUGUUUGGAGCCUUGGCCUUUGGAAUUCUGAGUGACAGAUUUGGUCGAAGGAUCAUGCUGCUGACAUCCUAUCUUUCUGGAAUGCUGUUUGCUCUCACCAGUGCUUUUGCCACGUCCUUCCUGAUGUUUGCAGUGCUGAGAUUCCUUACCGGCCUUUGCAUGACUGGCAUUGUCAUCGUCUCUGCUGUUCUCUGUGUGGAGUGGGUGGACAUUGAGCACAGGAAGCUGGUUGGACUUAUCGAUAGCUUUUCCUGGACAUUUGGGAGUAUUUGCUUCGUAGCCUUUGCUUACCUUGUGACGGACUGGAGGUGGCUGACCAUCAGUGUCACUUUGCCCGUCAUCUUGGGUAUCAUCUCAUGGAGGUGGAUGCCAGAGUCAGCGCGAUGGCUCAUUGCCAACGGAAAGCUCGAGGAAGCUCACUUGUGCCUCGUAAAAUGUGCCAAAAUGAAUGGAACCGAGACAUUAUUUCAAAGUGUUCAACCUGAGACGCUUUCAUCCAUUGUGGUGACGGAAAAGAAAGGACGAGUGUAUUCCUACCUCGACUUGAUGAGAACACCUAAAAUGAGAAGAUUGUCCUUACGUACUGGUGUACUUUGGUUAAGUGUGGCAAUCGCUUUUUACGGCAUCACCUUCAACAUCAGCGGCUUUGGGCUUAAUGCUUACCUCACUCAACUGCUGUACUCCUCAGCUGAAGUGCCAGGCAAAUUGUCCGUUUACUUCUUACUGGAUAGGAUUGGCAGGAAGCGCACACAGGUGGGAAUGCUGACGAUGCUCACAAUCUCUCUUGGCAUCAAUAUUGUGGUACCAAAAGAAAUGGCUACCAUGAGAACAGUGGUGGCAAUCAUCGGAAAGGUCUUUGCUUCAGGAUCCUUUGCAACUACUGUGCUCUACUGUUCUGAACUGUUUCCGACUGUAGUCAGACAGAACGGGAUGGGCUACAACUCCUCCAUGGCCCGAAUCGGCGUGGCUAUCGCUCCCCUGAUCCUUUUACUUGAUGAAUCGUGGAAGCAGCUCCCCCAGCUCAUCUUGUGCUCCUCUGCUGUGUUGGCGGCAAUCAUAGCAUCAACGCUGAGGGAGACAAGGGCAAAGUGCCUGCCGGAAACUAUUGAGGAUGUUGAAGGGAUGCUAUAG